CAAUGUUCCGGCAGCGGGCCAAGAAGCCGAAGCGGACGCGAGCGCCGGUCGAGGACGAUGGCAGCGACGGCAACGAGGUCUCGCUGGACGAGCUGCGUGAGCUCCGCGAAGACCAGAAGGCUCGGAAGCGCCAGAUGCUCGUGAAGGGCGUGGCGGCGACGACCGAGCCGGCGCCCACGAAGGCCAAGACCGCCGAGACCAAUACGCUCGAUGGGCAAUUCACAGCGCAGUCGCAGAUGACGACCGCCGAUCAUUACGCGCAGAUCAUGAACACGUACGUCGAAGAGAAACUCAAGGCCAAGUACAAGCUGGACGACGGAACGAACGCGGCGCCAGCGCUCACGGCAGAGCAAGAGCUGUACCGCAUUCCCGACGAGCUCAAGAAGAAGAUGAACAUCCCAGACUCUGCGAGUGCGCCCGAGGGUGGGAUCGUGACGUGGAACACGGGCAUCGCCGAGGUCGAGCUGCCAAAGAGCGUCCACGACCAGGUUGUCGAGGCGACGAAAGAGGCGCUCGAGCGUCAACAGCACAACGAAGCCACGCUCCAAAUCAGCUCGGCGCUGCCGACGAACGUCAGCGCCAACUACAAGCAGCACAAGCACGACUACAUCACGGACCUCAAGAGCCAAUCCAAAGAGGACCAGCGGGCCAAAGGGUUCCAGCACGUGGACAAGAAUGCACCGUCGGACGACCGCGUCAUGCACCAAUUUCGUCGAGAAUUGAGCCGUCAGCGCCGUAAAUAGUGUCUGAAAUGAACACGCGUCUACAACCACCGUACAUCGCUGCCCAUCCCA